CACAGUGGUCGACUUUGAUGCUAGAUUACGUCUUUGUUCCCGUUGCAUGUUCCCCUACCAAAUUUGCGAUACCGCGAUCGAUUUCCUUGUUUUCCCUCGAUUUCGCUCGCCUAAAGGUGGGUAAAAAAGAUAAUAACGUAAGCGACCUCGCGUCCACUUCGUUCAACGGCUAAAUCAGACCGAACCGUGCGUCGAGCGUCGAACGCAAUUUGGAAAGAGGCUCGAAUGCAACGGAAUACCGAGUCGCGUGGCCGAGACAUGGCUGAUUUAUGUCAUUCACUUUAACGGCUGUCCAGACCUCGACCGAACAUCGGGGGGCAUAGGGUCAAAGUAAUCUUCUCUCCACCGAGAGGAGGGCCAGAAAGAUGUAAAAGAGACCGCUCGAAAGUACGAACGGCGAUCCAAGAUCGAAACGGCAUUUUCCCUUUACUCUACAAUUGCGUUUAUCCUUAUUCUCGAAUUUAUUCGACUAUUUAUUCGACCUCCUGCAAGGUGCCGACUUUGCCACAUUUUCAUGGCAUUUUCCGCUCUGACCUGUCAUUUAUUAAAACUGGAUGAUUCCGAUCUUACGAAAAAUCGACCCAGGUGAUUUGACACUUUGCAUCGUAAUAACUCCCUCGACCACGUUUCAUUUGCACACGAUUCUUUCCUCGAAACGGAAAUUACGCGGUUAUUAUUUUAAUAUCGAUGCAUCGCAUCGACCUGCGUCGCCUUGAAUUUUUUUUUGUCAUAAAUUGACGAGUUCACACCUUGACCGACGCGGUCAAUUGCGCGUUCGCGCCGAUGCCCCGAGCCCGCUUUGGUUACAGCCUUCCAAAUUGAGUUAAUUUACAUACAUGCAUAUACUCAAAAGAUUCAUGGCUUUCGAUCCCAACGGUGAUUACAAUCAUUGUCCAGAGAUAAAAAAAAGAUGAUCGUAUCGGUAAUCGAAGGGUACACGGGCGGUAAAACGUAGGCCGGUCCGAACGAAUACCCUUUUCAUCGACCGAUUCACUCGAUAUUCUAAAUUAAACGAAAUUACGCGGAAGAACAUUAACGUACAUAACAUAACAUAAUCUCUCCGAGCUUCCGGCAUUGAGAGCAAUCGCCGUUCCAAUGUCCGAUAACCCAAACAAGCGGCUAGAAAUGAAAAAAUUAAACGACUCGACGUUCGACGAACGCACCGCUAGCUUUUGAACGAACGUUUGGGAAGAGCUUUUCGUCGAUUUACGACUCUCGAAAGAACGGCACCUUGGGUAAAACGUGGACGGGAAUGGAGUAGGGCGGACGAAUCCCCCCCUUCGCCGACCCGAGCCGGGCCGAGCCGAGCCGAGCCGAGUCGAGCCGAGCCGAGCCGAGGAGGGGGAGUCGAAGGCGUCGGAAGAGCGAUCCCGAGGACUGCCGAGGACCGAAGAGACUGGGAGCGGUCUUGGCCGGAGACGCGGCUCGAGUCGCGGAGUCCGCGCGUUUCGAUGGUUUCCUCGAUUGCGCGGGUCAGGAGAGGACACCCGGGGACCGAGUCGACGAUCUCCGAGAGCGAGCAACCGCGGGGUCUUCCUUCGUUCGCGGUCUCGGCGUCGACCCCGCACUCAUGCGUUGGAGACACUAUUGGGCCCCGUUCUGCUUGGUGGGGCUCUCGUCGCUGGUACUACCCUUCCAAGAGGCGGAGGCUUGUUCCUGCGUUCCGACUCACCCCCAAACGCACUUCUGCGAAUCCGACUUUGUUGCUGUGGUCAGAGUGAGGAAAUUUUUCCUGAUCAACGAGUACGAGAUCGCGUACCAGGUUAAAGUUAGCCGAAUCUUUAAGGCCACGCCGAAGGCGGAAUUGGCUUUGAAGCGGGGCCUUCUCCUGACGCCGACGCUGGACGCGAUGUGCGGCGUCAACCUCGACCUAGGCGACACCUACGUCGUCAGCGGCCGAACAAACGGCGACAAACCCACCAUCUCCAUCUGCGGACUGACGUUGCGCUGGUCCGAAGUGACCAGCCGCCAGCGCAAGGGAUUUCGUCAGCUUUACCGCUACGGCUGCGUCUGCGAGAUCCUGUACACCCAAUGGUGGCGCAAGGGCACGGUCUUGGAGUCAGCCGGGGGCAAGAGGUGUCUCUGGGAGAGCGCGCCCGGGCCGCAGGUCUGCCAGGAAAACCACGGGAUAUGCACGCCCGGUCCCGGCGGUUGCCACUGGAUGCCCAGUGUGCCCUACAAGAACUGCAUCAAGGAACACCGACUUCAGCGGGGGCAACAGAGGUCGCGCGAUCCGUAACCCGGCCCCCCCUUGUCUUGGCGUUUCGCUUCGGCGAGAGUAUCUCGAGUUCGCCUCCGUCGCCCCGAUUUCGAUUUCGUCCGGUCCACGAACCCAAGGACGGGGCGGAGGGUUGACGAUUUUUUUCCAAACCUCCGGACCGGCGUGUCACGACUGCGUCUUCGCCACGCGAACGAGCCGUUCCGUUUUCGCUUUAGUCGCAGUACCUCGGGGAAACGUUAAGUCGGCGAAAAACGUCCCGAAUUCUACACCGUUUCGGCGAUUUGACCCGGGAACCUCUUGGAACGAUUCUCUAACGGGAACUAAGCGCGUCCGAUUUGCUAUUUAUUGUAACUUUGCCUUGCCCGCUGGCGCUAAUAGGAUAGUCGUCCCCAAGGAUAAAUGUUCUCGUGACUAGGUUUCUGCCCGUUACAACGGUUAAGCGAUAUGUUAGCGAUACUCUCUUGAAGCUUGUCUUUAACCAAGAGCUUACUCGACGGCUGAGGUCACGGCAACUAGAACGGUUUAAACAGACGGGGUUCAACGUUGCCGUUAAUCAUUUAUACUCGCAAGGACCAACCGACGAACCCAUUGACCAUUGGCUUAAUGGAUAUUCAAUAUUAACUCCGUAGGUAGCCUUUAUACUUUGUACAUAUUUAUGAGCGUAAUGUAUAUUGUGUAUUCUUAAGUUAUUUUAAUUUAUAUAACCAUUCAAUUUAGGCCAUGUUCACACGUGGCUGUUUACAAAGUAUUUAAUAUUUGCGUUAUUCUCCGGUGUAGAAUAUACGUUAUGUGAAAAUCUAUUAAUUUAUUAGGGCUGCGGUACCUUGCAGGUUCGAGACGCGAGUCAAAAUUUAGUACAAAUGUUAAUUAACCUUUUCUACCGCUUGUUCGAAUCAAAAUGUUGCCGAUAAGCAAUGAUUUGUCACUUGUACGCGAUAAGCUACGUUAGCCAAUGUUUAAAUCCAUGUCUUGAUUAUUUGUAAAAAAGCAGUUCUAACGUGAAAUCUAGAAAAGGGGGUUAUCUAGAAAAGGGAAUAUAAACGCAGGAAUUUCGAAUUUCCCUGGUGAAAAUGUUUGAUACAAGAAACUGCCAGAAGUGGGAUCGGGUGAACGAUAGAAUGGAAAAGGUUACCGAGAAUGCGAUUGAUUGAUUACACGUCGUAUUUAUGGAAGUAGGCAUGAUGUUCAAGAAAUCGAAGAAAAAUAUAUUUGAGGCGAUCAGAACGGUUCAAGGAAAAUAAAACGCGACUGUACCUUUAAAUUCGCUCCCUUGCCACGGUAACAGCGAUCUCCGAAGCAAUGUUUUUUUGCCCUCGCGUUAGUCGAAUCCUUUCGUUUAAACUAACGAGAAAAAAAAAAUUUGUGCAGAAAGUACUCGUUCGCAAAAGUACGGCGCAUCUAACAAGUAAUUCUUAAUGCAAGUCUCGACCUCCCCCAAGCUGAAUUCUGUACAUGUACGCGACGUGAAUUUAUUACGAAAUGGUAUGCAAACUGUUGCCAUUAUUGCCAAUAAGUCCGUUAAUUCCCAAAAGGGUAAAGAUAUGAAGAAAAAACGUAUCGCACGUUAUCUAUAUUUCUGCUAUAUGCAUAAAAGAUCGUUAAACGAGCUCAAUACCUUCACGCGGUAGAUGGUCGAAUAAACCGAAGAUAUGUAAA